AUGCCUCAUUCAGUAUCUCCGAAGCAGUCGCCUUCCCAAAAUGACGACGAGGCCAUGCCCGAUGCCCCUGCAGAGGGAAAUGGCGUGAAGCUCGAAGAUAUGUUCGAAGAUGACGAUGACGAAGAGUUUCCAGCGUCGAGCGCUAGGGACGCGAAGAUGGAAAGCUCUCCAGCUCCAGUACCACAGCCUGCGCCGACCCCCGCUUCAUCGGGGGUGGAUUCAGAUGUUAUGCUUGCCUUUUACCAGCGCCUGUUUCCUUUCAGAUAUCUUUUCCAAUGGCUGAACCACGGAAUUGUCCCCACUCGAGAUUUUGGCAACCGGGAGUUCGCUUUGACACUGCAGAACGAUGCCUAUCUUCGAUACCAAUCAUACCCCACCGCAGACCUGUUUCGAAAGGAUAUCCUGAAGAUGAACCCAUCCCGUUUCGAAAUCGGUCCUGUGUAUAGCACCAAUCCUCGAGACCGCAAGACACUCCGAGGAGGCCAAAUGAAGCCCGUAUCGAAGGAAAUGGUUUUUGAUAUCGAUAUGACAGAUUAUGACGAUAUCCGAACAUGCUGCUCCGGUGCCAGUAUUUGCGGGAAGUGUUGGUCAUUUGUCACGAUGGCUAUUAAAGUCAUUGAUGCCGCCUUGCGGGAGGAUUUCGGGUUUGAGCACAUUCUAUGGGGUCUACUCGGGACGUCGUGGUGCCCACGCCUGGAGGUCGUGAAGGGUGGUGCUUCAAGUGGCAAGAAGGUCAACCUGAAGCGGCCCCUCCACCCUCAUAUUAGUCGCAGUCUCGAUAUCCUCAAGAAUCAUUUCGGACAAACAACACUUGUCGACCAAGAUACAUUUGCAGGCUCUGAGCAGGCAGACAAACUUCUCCAGCUGCUCCCAGACAAGUCACUCAAUGAUGCACUACGCAGGAAAUGGGGCUCGUCACCCGACCGCCCCAGUACCAACAAAUGGGCUGAUAUCGAUGCUUUAGCCAAGACUGGAAAGAGCAGCACUUUGAACACCAGCACCCUGCGUGAUGCCAAGCAAGACAUUGUUCUGGAAUACACCUACCCGCGUCUUGAUGCGGAAGUCAGUAAGAAAAUGAUUCACUUGCUAAAGAGUCCAUUUGUUAUUCACCCUGGCACGGGCCGAGUCUGUGUUCCCAUCGAUCCAAAGAAGGUGGAGGACUUUGAUCCUCUGUCCGUUCCAACGGUAUUGAAUCUACUGGCCGAAAUUGAUGCUUAUGACGCCAAGCAUCCAGCAGGCAGUGGCGAGGUUGAGAUGCCUGAUGCGGAGGGUAGUGCUGUCAAUGGCUCGGACAUUAAGGGAGCUCGGAAAAUGCAGGACUAUGAGAAGACUAGUCUCAAGCCCUACAUUGACUUCUUCCGGUCUUUUAUUGCUAAUCUGCUAAAAGAGGAACGGGUUGUCAAGCGGGAGCGAGAAGAGACUACUGGCCCAUCAGUGAAGCCCGAUCCGAUGGAAUUUUAG